CUCGUAGUAAUAUCCGUCUCAGUUGCAGCAAGACAUGCGAUAACACAACUGCCUUCCAGACACAUACAUACCUUACUUACGCCCUAUCGUCGCCCUAUCUGUCCCGUGUAGUGAAAUGGUCAGUGACAUCCUUGACCAUACCGUCGCUAUCGAAAACGCAACGCAAGCAGGGUUGUCAAAGGCAACCAAGGUGUCGGCGUAACUGAUGAGCAUGGGCGAACCAGCUGAUACCGUUUCGUCAUCGACGAAUCCAUUUGUGAAUCUCGCCGAGAUUUCCUUGUCUCAUGAUUCGCAGCCCGAUCUCAUCUUGGGCCCAAUGGCCAGCGCCAGCACCCUGCCUUCCCAUGCAGUUGAGCUGUCCAGCGGGGAAAACUCUCCAUAUGUUUUCAAUGGCGCCCUGGACUACAUUGACGACGAGGUUACAAGUGGUUGGACAACGCCCCUUGCAUCCUGUGUCAACUGCACUGCCUGGGGAUAUCAAUGCGAGGCUGCACAGGAAGGCGAAUCUCAGAGCUGUUGUGUACCCUGCGCAUCUCUUGGAUGCGAGUGUAGCUUUCUGGACACCCACCCGAACUUUCUCGACCAUGCUAUCAACGACCUCAUGCAGAGCAGUCGAACAGCAUCAACUGAAGCACAGGGGCCACCGACGACAGACGUUUCAAAGAAAUACAGUGGCCCUUUCGAGCCUGUAACGGCAUCCACCACAUCAACUCCUCCACCACCCAAGAUCGGAACCAGGUUCUCUCGGGACUCAACUCGCAUACUACGGCAAUGGCUCUCCUCGCAUAAUCAACACCCGUAUCCAAGCGAAGAGGAGAAAAGGAUACUGCAACACCAGACUGGCCUCAGCAAGGUUCAAAUCACCAACUGGCUUAUCAACGCCCGCCGACGCGGCAAGGUACAAGGCCGUCACCGGUCGACUUCGCCGUACUCAGGGAAUGCCGAGACCAGUACCGGACCUGUCAAUGUUCCUAGAAGGCCAGGUACACCAGCUCCCCGGAGUAGCCCUCGAUAUCAGAGUUUGAAUCCCCUUGAGCGAUGGGUUGAUUCUCCCCCGGAACACGAACCGGCCACCGUCACCGCUAUCGCUCGUGCUAUGGCGUCUAGCCAUGCCAACUCUUCAGGUGCAGACGACAGCUAUAAUACCAGCUUCAUCGAUGAUGAACCACCGCGGUCACUGUACUACACGUCGUCUGCAAGCAGUGCCGGAAACUCCAGCGGGGGUUCCUUUGCCUCUGCCUAUUCCCACGCCUCCAAAAACUCUGCUGGAAUCCCUCGUCCUGUGCUUCGCAGCCGCGCACGUCAACGGAGGCGUCCAAAGCGAACGUCACUCGCCAACCCGCGAAAUCAGUAUCAGUGUACGUUCUGUACCGAGACUUUCAGAACCAAACACGACUGGCAGCGUCAUGAAAAGUCUCUCCACAUGCCGCUGGAGAGGUGGGUUUGUUCGCCAAACGGCCCUCGUGACAUUGACCCCGGCACCCAUCAAACUUGCUGCGUGUUUUGCGGCGAAAUUGACCCUUCUCCUGCACACAUUGACAGCCACAACCCCUCUUCCUGCCAAGAGAGAACGUUCAAUAGGAAAGACCACCUCAAGCAACAUAUGAAACUGGUUCAUAACUCUGGCCUCUUGGACUGGUCUGCCAAACUAUGGAAAAUCACCGUUCCGGAUAUUCGAUCCCGCUGCGGCUUCUGUGGCGCAUCUCUUGAUACCUGGAGUAUCCGAGCCGAUCACCUAGCCGAUCACUUCAAGAUGGGAUCAGAUAUGGCUAGUUGGAAAGGAGAUUGGGGCUUCGAAGACGCGGUGUUUGACAUGGUGGAAAACUCCGUCCCGCCAUAUCUGAUAGAAUACGAGCGCUUCUCGCCAUUCCCUUACCAGGCCAGUGGAACGCCCCCGGAAUCGCCGCGCAACGCCUACGAGCUGCUCACGCUCGAGUUGAACCACUUCCUGCGACUUUUCCUCGAUCGAACGGGGAACCUGCCCAACAACAGAGAGAUUCAACUCGAGGCCUGCAGGAUUGUGUUCGCUUCCGAAGUCUCGGCGUCAGAAGGCCACCUGGGGGUUGAGUGUGAAUCAUGGCUACGGGACCUGAUCACAUCGUCAGAGGACAUCACAAGGGAGGCCCGGUUCGGACCUAUACGCUCCCGGACCGAGAGCAUGAUGUCUGUGCUCCAGAUCAAAGGGAAAUACAACCUCUUCGAAGGCUGUCCCUGCGAGGCACAACUCGACGGAUUUGUCGAGGCGCGCAGAGACUCGGGCGCAAAUGAUCUCAGCAACCAACACCUCCAGAACGAGGCCUGCAAGAUAGUCACGCGGCUAGGCAAGAACUGGGGAUUGUCUCCUGCGGAUCUCAUCGAUAACUGGCUGGUCAACCUCAUAAGCUCAUCAACGAGGUGGCUUUCUCCGUUCCGAUCGAGGAAGCGCCUUUCGCAGGUGGAAUUCUUUGUCGGCACGUCAACACAGCCGCAACUCUUAAAUGGGGAAAGAGCUUACACUGGGAUACAAGUGCCCUUGGAGGUCCCCAGGGUUCAGGAUACGUCGACCGUCUCCAUUACACAAGCCAGUAUGCAUGACGUGGCUGUAGUUCCUUUCGAUGAAGAGUCCGAAUUGGGUAAGAGUUCAACCAUGGCUAUUGACAGCCCCCCUUCGUUUCAGCCAGCAAACAUCAACUUCAGACAACCUGCUAGCACGGAAUCCGUUUCGUAUCACAGGGGUCACGAAACGUCUCGAUCGAUGGACAUCCUACAGCCCUUUGAAUCCCCAUCGAGACACUUCCUUCCAGCAACCAACAUGUCAUGGCACAGACCGGGAAGCACCGAGUCGGACGGCCGCAGUUUGCCCUCCCAUUUAUCAACGGUGAAACGGAACUAUGCCUUCUUCAACGAUGCCAACUUCCACAGAUGGCUGGCACAAGAGCUUCGACGCUGGAUAGCGGCGACCAUGUCCCCCAACAACCCGAACUGUCAUGUUCCGUCGGACGAGGAGAUUCAACACCAAGCACGGUUCAUCGUUUAUGAAGACGGGGAUCCGUGGAACCAGACUUCGGCAGAUAACCACGAGUGGUUGCGGAGAUUCAAGAAAAGUAUCGGCAUGGAGACUCAGGACCAGCUAGAUGGGUAACCAAAAAAGCACUUAUUAUGAUAGAUGAUGGGGAAUGUGUCUUUUGGGGAGGGGGGAGUGUUUCGGUGGUGGGUAAGGUAGCGGACUGCUGUUCAGCCUUCAAAAUGAGUUGAGAACGGUUUUCUGCCGUCGCCCGCAAACACCACCUAACCUUGGACGAUCUGACUCGAUGUUAAAGUAAUGGUGUUGGAGUUCUGCUAGAUAAAUAAAUGUUGGUCAGAUGGCUGGCAAAGAGUCUCAUUGUGUUGGAACUUGGGCGUCAAGUCAAAAAAACGGGGGUAUGUCCAAGUCACAAUCA